AUGCCGAUGGAAUCAUCAGAAAAAAGGGCCAAGGUGUCUGGGAAAGGCGCAUGGAAAGUGUGGACACCGGAAGCGUUACUCCGAGCAGCAUUUUCUCAAGCAUCAUCGGCGUUGCGCCAGGUCGCCAGCGAGAUAGAUGGAGCCAGUGCGGCUCAUGUGUUGAGCGCUCGUACUUUUGUGUCUAGUGUGCUUUUGAAGAAGCAAGAAGAAGGCCUUGCACAAGAGCUAGGCAAAGCAAGACAUUGUGCAGUAUCAGAGUCGCACAACCCACCUAAGCUUUGGAUCUUGAACCUGAUGUUCGACGAAACCGAGCUGGAUCUGAGUUUGAAUGGUGAUGGGCCGGGCUCCUGGUCAAUUCUAGCUUCUCAUUCUCAAUUGAGCUUCGGUUCAGCAGGAAGUAUGACAGAACAGGAUUUCAUUCGAGUGCCUCAGGCCCUGCCCCGCAAAACAACUGCAUGCAUGUGGGCAGCAUUGAACCUCGGAGCAGGGGGCCUUGGGCCAGGUAGCUUUUGCACCUUGGCUGACUUUCCAUGUCUGCUGGUGACGUGCGACCAGGCCUCAGCAAAUAUCAAGUUGCUCAAACAUUUGCAUGCAGUUCUGCCUGAGCAGUGUUUUUUUAUCCCUAUGCUUUGUGCUCAACAUAGGAACGGGAACGUGGUUGAGCGAAUUACAAAGCUUUUGGGCAUUCUGCCAGGUUCCUACUGUGUAGCAAAGUGCACCAGUAAAGGCAAAGUGUUCAAGGAUCUGAGGGAAGCUGUCAAGCAACAGAUUGACAAGGAUUUGGUCGUCAUGUCAGAAGAGCAUCCAGGUUUGCAGGCCGAAUGGUCCAGCGCACGCAAGCAAGCAACCACCUUCUUAGAACUUAUGCUGCAAGGAUUGGGCGAUGCCAAACCUGAAGAACGUUCCGGAGUUUCGCAGCGGAUCAAGAAGUUCGUGGACUUCUUCCGCGGCCCCUGGACAGGACCGAGUAUGACUUCACAAGAGCUCAGGCAGCAUGUGGUCGUCAUCACGGACCACCUCGCAUGUGACACCUACGGUGGAGUCGAGGCGAUCAAGUGGGCACGGAACAGCUACAACGACAGGCAUCCUGCCCAUGUCAUCUUGGACCUGACGAAUGAGUUCGGUUCCAAGUUGUGGCUCGGCGGAUCGAAGGCAGGCACCGACACUAACCUGAUGAUCAGGAAUGGAAUCGGAGCGGUGUGGCCUGCGGCCAAGUCGGUCCAGCCGGAUGACACAGCGGCGAUCCGUGUAUUGAGGUACACAGAUGGGACUGGCGUCGUGCACGGCAACGUGAACAUGGAGAGCGUGCUGCAGCAGAUCGACAAUGUGAUCUCCUUGCUGCACCGCGGCGUGUCGGUCCUCAUCUGCUGUGUCAACGGAGCCCAUCGCUCCGCGACACUUGGUGCCAUGACGCUCAUGAACUAUGUCUCCACAUUGCGCAACAUCGUCGACCUGAACAGCAGAGCGCCGCCAUCGCAGUACAGAGUGAACACUAUUCGCCCCAUCGACUUUUUGAUCGAGCACCAAGCAGAGAUCGCUGGUAAAUCGGGGGCCUCAGGCCUGGUCCAGGUCGGCAGCAACCAGGAGAUAUUUCCUUCCACGAGAUAUGCGAACGCCCUCAUCACCCCUGUUCAGUUUCGUCGGCGCUGCAUAGAAAUGGGGUUCGUCCUUUCAGGCAAGGGCAAGCGGACUCGCCAGUCGUUGCCAGGGCCACAGUCAUUGAUAUCGUCAUCGUCGAUGCCGCCGCCGCCCCCGCCCGGUCAGGUGCGGCAGAGUGGCACAAACACGGACUCCUCGUACAUCAACGUUCCGACGGAUGGUUUCAUUACCGACGACUCAGAGAUGCCGCACCCCAAGCGCAUCAGCGAGGAUUCGUCGGCCUCUGGCCAGGUCAGUGCCGCCAGUGCAGAUGAUGAGGCAGUGGACCCACCAGUUAUGGUUGAAAUUGAGGUUGCAGACGACGAAGAGAACGAGGAGUCCACCAUGGAGAAGGCCUGCGAAAAGGGUGCAGCCGAAGCAGAGGAGCCGGAGUCAGACUUUGAGAUGGUGACCUGCGAUGACGAAGGCAAAGUAGCCGAUGUCAAUCCAGAGUCGCCUCCGCAGACGCCCCGUGCAAACUGGACUUCGGAAGACUUUGCACGCCUGGAGACAGUGAUGCGCGAUCUGGGGCACCUGAACCGCCAGCUGCUCUCUUUCAACAAUGCUGAGGUCGAGGAGGAUCAGGCCCAGGCUGAUGAUCAGGCCUCGGCCUCCGGCCCGGUAAGUGACCAGAUCGCAGAGCCAGGGCAGCAAGCGGCGGAAGCGGAUGAGCCAGGCGGCACCAGCGCAGACCCCGUGGAAUCGGACGAGGGGGCCCGGGACGAGGCCUUGGGCCAGGUUGAUGAUGAGCCUGCGACUCCUGCGACGGCCGAGUCCGGAGAGCCGCUGGAGCCCUCCAGUUUGGACCUCGAGAAGACGAUGGAAGCGCUCAAGGCGCAGGCGGCGGAAGGCGAUAAGGACGAGAUGCUUGGGAGGCUUUUUGGGCUACUUGAGACCCAGAAAGUCCAACAGCAGGCUCUAUUGUCGAGACUGCAAUCUCGCCAAGAAAUGGACGAGAGAAAGAACGUCAUCCUCACAGCGCUGUACAAUCGCGACAUGACGCGCCUCAGGGCGGAGCUCCAAGCGCUGACGGUCUCUGACCUCGUCUCAAUCAGAGACGAAGAGGGGAUGACAGUCGCCCAUCAUGCCGUGCGUUUGGGCCUUGGGCCUUGUCUGGAGUAUACUCUCCGGAAAGCCCCGACUCUUGCGGAUGCCGUGACGAACCCCUCAGGUCGCCCAGCGAACUGGACGCCGUUGAUGGUGUUGGUUGAUGCACCACCAGGAUCUUUGGGAGGCACGGACUACGCCUACGACAUGUUGAAGGUCCUGGUUUCCUACAUGAGCGUCACAGGUCUCGUGAAUCUCGGUCCUUUCAAGUCUCCAACAGGGGCGACAGCGUUUCACAUUGCAGCCUCUCGUGGGAACCACCGUGGGCUGCAGAAGCUUUUGUGGUCCCUCUACCACAAGAGUGGUGGUGACAGGAACUCAACCUACGCAUUUGGCCUGGUGACCUCACUCGUCAACAGCCCCGGCUUGAAGCGCGGGCAGGGGGUCGUCGACGCCGCACUCGCGAACAAUAUCGACUUGGCGAUGUAUGUGAAGCGGAAUUGGGGCGGGGUCGAGCUUUUGUCUCCCCCAAGCCGCGGCGGCUAUGCUGCGUAG